AUGGCAUCCACAACAUCGAACGGGCCCAACGGCAAGCCGAGCUCCUGGCACGGUGCAGGAGCUGCUGAGUUCGACCUGCGAAGCGACACAAUGACGAAACCCACUCCGUCAAUGCUGGAGGCUAUCUGUCAAACCACCCUCCUAGACGAUGUAUUCGGCGAAGAUCCCGUCACGAAUGACCUACAAGCCUAUGUCGCACGACGUACAGGUCAUGAGGAUGCGCUGUUGGUGAUGUCGGGUACGAUGGGCAACCAGGUGGCGCUGCGGACACACCUGGCGCAGCCGCCAUAUUCAGUCCUGUGCGAUCACCGCUCCCACAUUGUCUGCUACGAGGCGGGAGGGGUUAGCUCCUUGACCGGAGCGAUGGUCCAAACCGUGGUUCCGAGGAAUGGCGCCUACCUCACUCUCGAGGACAUCCAGAAAUACGCCGUGCUGGACGACGAUAUCCACCACUGCCCGACCAAGGUGAUCAGCCUGGAGAAUACCCUUGAUGGAAUGAUUAUGCCUCUGGCUGAGGCACGGCGAAUCACGGAGUGGGCCCACUCCAACGAUAUCAAGGUGCACCUGGACGGUGCCCGGUUAUGGGAAGCUGCGGUAUCGGGCGCGGGCAGUCUGCCCGAGUACGCGGGCCUUUUUGAUAGUGUCAGCCUCUGCUUCUCGAAGGGUCUCGGCGCCCCUAUUGGUAGCAUCAUCGUUGGGUCCUCCGCGUUCAUCAAGCGGGCCCGGUGGUUCCGCAAAUCAAUCGGUGGAGGCGUUCGACAAGCCGGUGUGAUCUCUGCAGCCGCACGGGUGGCAGUCGAGGAGACCUUUGGCCCCGAGCCCAAUGGACAGGGAGGAAAGCUGGCGGAAACACAUGUCAAGGCCAAACGGGUAGCGGAGAUGUGGACCAGCCGGGGAGGUAAGCUGCUGCACCCCGUGGAGACGAACAUGGUCUGGAUUGAUACGGAGUCCUCUGGACUGGGACCCAAUGACCUGGCGGAGAUCGGAAAGACUAAGGGUCUGCAAUUGCUGGGAGGACGGAUUGUCGUUCACUACCAGGUGUCUGAGGAGUCCCUUUCCCGGCUGGAGGAGGUGUUUGAUGUGGCAAUGAAGGGGGACUUCCAACGGAGUGACGUACAGAGUCGGCCGUAUGGAAGCAAGCAGCUGUAG